GGGUAGAUGUGAGGACAUGUCGUGCCCGACUCAAAAAACCCAGUGUGCUGGCACAUACUAGUAGUAGGCGAACAUAUCGGAUAUAAAUUGAGAUCUUUCAGGUGAGAGGAGUGAUGGGAUUAAUUCCUCAACAUUUUAUGUUGAGCUAGCUAGCUAAUUGAAGGAUGCAGGAGUAGCUAGUUGAAUCAGCUGAGGAAGGGAGUGGAGAAUAGAGAUGGGCCAUAGGUGCUGCAGCAAACAGAGAGUUCAAAGAGGGCUGUGGUCUCCUGAAGAAGAUGAGAAGCUUGUCAAAUAUAUCGCCACUCAUGGUCAUGGAAGCUGGAGCUCUGUCCCUAAAUUUGCAGGUUUAAAAAGGUGUGGCAAGAGUUGCCGGUUGAGAUGGCUGAACUACUUAAGACCAGAACUCAAGAGGGGUUGCUUUUCUGCGCUAGAAGAGCAGGUCAUCAUAGAUGCUCAUAGAAUUUUGGGCAACAGAUGGUCUCAGAUAUCAAAACAUCUCCCAGGAAGGACAGAUAAUGAGGUGAAGAAUUUCUGGAACUCACGCAUAAAGAAAAAGCUCAUGGCACAAGGCUUGGACCCAAAAACUCACAACUUGAUUCCUUCUCAUCAGAGGGCAGCUAAUAAGGUUGCAUGCAAUAUAUCACCAUCUAACCAACAACCCCUUUCAAUUAUCUCCCAGGAUUCAAAGAUGAAAGAUGUUUCCAUGGAGAUAAACCCUCCUAUUCUAACACUAGCUUCCCCUUAUCGUUCUCAUGGCAGCACUCGACUUUCGUUGCUUCAAACAACAACCGGCUUACCCUUGCCCACCUCUUGCUAUGAUAACCCUAGUGUCAUUUGGAAUGUAAAUACUCAAAAUUCUUAUGAUUCUUCCCUUUUUCCUUGCGUGUCAUCCAUUGAGAACUCACGCGUUUCCCCUUCAUCUUCGACUUCGGUGAACCCAACUGGGUUUGGUCUCCUAGAUGAAGAUUGCUUUUGGAGUUGUAGUAACAUUGUUGAGCCCUUUGAAGCCACAAAAUUAUUCGAAGGCAUGCGAUCACAGGAUCAAGAAAACCAGCUGAACAAGAUUUGUGACACACAAAUCGUUGAUAAGAAUAAAGGAGUUCAUGAUAAUAUGGAUGCUUCAUUUGACACCUCUAGCUAUGAUCUUGAGUUGGUCGACUCCACAUUAUUUCCUGGUUCAAUAUGUCGUGAUCUUGGCUCCAUGGAUGAUCUUUCAUGGAACUUUUAGGCCACCAUAUGCGUGUAUGUAACUAGCGCUACAGUAAUAGAUAGUAGGUUUUGCUCAGGUUGUGCAUCCCAUAUAUUUGAUAAGGAAAAAACGCUUCCAUUUCUUGCUAACAAUUCGGGUGUGAAAUUAUUUGUGAUACCAAUCAAUUCCAUUAUUCAUCUAAA